AACCCUCCCACCGCACACAAGAAGAUUUUUUUAGUUGUUUUGCCUACAGUGUUUCCUGAAACCCCUUCAGUUCAUGUCUUCAUGAACUGAACUCCAGGAUAGCAGACACAAACAGCUGUGAUCAUCCAGACAACAGCGGUAUCAGUGUAAUACACCAGCAACAAGUCAGAGAAGUAUGGAGAACGAGACAAAGAUGAUGAUAUUCUGUCUGCUUUUGGCAGCUCUUUGCAGCCCUGUGUUAACUGGAGAGUGGACGGCAACUGUUCCAAAAAACCUUGACGCCCUGGUUACAUCCUGUGUCGUGAUACCCUGUUCAUUCACCCAAGCUAAAGAAAGGCUGCCCCACUCCAGACUCAGGGGGAUCUGGCAUCGUCCAGCAAGCCGAGAUGACUGCAUCUAUCAUGAGGAUCAGACGCAGAUCGUGGAAAACUUUCGGGGCCGCACAGAGUUGUUGGGAAAUUUGGGCGACAGAAACUGCACCUUGCUAAUGACUGAAAUUAAAGAUCAUGAUGAUGGCCCUUUCUGUUUUCGGAUUGAAUUAGUACCAACAGGGACUGAAACAUCCAAAAUUGACAAGUUCUCCUUUGUUAACGAUUGCGUCCGCUUUAAAAUGAUCACUGAACCUCCAAAACCAACUCUGAUUCACCCAAAGACAGCAGUUCAAGGUCGUUCCUACACCAUCACCUGUUCAGUCCGCCAUACCUGCCCCUCCCAUAUACCUAAACUCACAUGGAGCAGAGGCACUGCAGAUGAUAUCAAUGAACUUCACAGAGAAAUUCAUGGUGGCUUCUGGGAGGUUCAGUCCACUCUGAUUGUCAUCCCUGAGGAGAAGGACGACCACACAGACAUCACCUGCACAGCCAAAUUUAAUGGACUGAAGACAUCCACUGAAAAAAUGACACUUUAUAUAAAACGUAAAGAAAACUAUAACCACAUCAUCAUUCCUGCAGUAGUGGGGAUCGGCACUGCUGUGAUCUUUGGAGGCCUCUGCAUUUUCAUGAUGAAAAAAUACAAGAAUCGCAUUGCAGAGCUCCAAAAUCAGGAAGGCAGCAUGUGGAACCGGCUUUCCAGACUGUCUCGGAGGAGAGUCUAAACAUGAGAAGUGAAAAACAGAACUUCACUGCUAUAGAUGAUCAAAGGAAACUAUAAAAGGCAGUGACCAAACUUCAGGAAACACCAGCUGGUAGCUCCAGAUGCCACCAGUGAGGGGCACCAAACUUGACAUCGAAAUGAAAAAUGUUUUUAAUCUCCAACUGCAUGAAAUGAGGAAUGUUGUAAACCUGUUUUUCCAUCUAAUAAUGACUGUUUCAGUAUUGUAAACCUUGAUUCUUGUACAUUAAAUCUUGGAUUGUUUCAUCAUU